AUGGCAAUAAUAGCCACAUCGGCCGUCCUGGCGCUCGCUGGACUCUCCGCCGCCGCCCACCAACUUCUCGAAUACCGCGUCAAGGGCACCAUAACCCACAUCCACACCAACGACACCCUCUACGACAAACAAAAAUACGGACACAUCCUCGACUACGACAAACAUUCCCUCAUCCUCCACGGUGAACCUACCCUCAUCCUCUCGGGAGAGUUCCACUACUGGCGACUGCCGGAUCAGUCGCGUUGGAGACCCAUCCUCGAACAGUACCGGUCCGCGGGAUUGAACUGUAUCCGGAUUUACUUUCAUUGGGGUUUUCAUUCUCCCAAGCAGGGGCAGUAUGAUUUUUCAGGGAAUAGGGAUAUCAACUAUCUGUUGGAUCUUUGUGAAGAGAUUGGGUUGUAUGUCCUUGCUGCCCCCGGGCCGUAUAUAUGUGCAGAAACUCAGGCCGGUGGGUUCCCCAUCUGGUUGGCGGCCAUGCGGGAUGUCCGAUUGAGGCAUAUGAAGUCCAACUUCUGGAAGACGUAUGAUCCCGAGUUUAUGAAAUACUGUGUCGAGUAUUUCGAGAACAUCCUCCCGAUCCUCGCCAGGCAUCAGAUUACGAAUGGACAGGGAGGCUGCGUCUUGGGGUUGCAGAUCGAGAACGAGUCGUUUCAGCAUGUAUUCCAUUACCCGAUUGGACUUCAUGAUGAUAUGAGGGUACUUGCAAAGACUGCGCGCGAUUGUGGGGUCACGGUGCCGUUGUUUACCAAUGAUGGGUUUGAGGAGGGUUCGUUUAUUGUCAAAGACGAUCCCAAGAGGAAGAAGAAGGACUUUGGAGUCGAUCUCUAUGGCUUUGAUAAAUACGUCGUGUUUACUCCGAACAGCGAGCCGACAUCGUGGGUCGUAGGCCGCGACCCCUCAUAUCUUCAGGAAUGGGACCCCUCAACAGUCGUCAAGGAACUGGAAAAGAUGGAAAAGAAGGUCCGCUCCUUUGGACACGCCAACAAACGAACACCCAUCUUCAUCCCUGAACUCCAAGGCGGUUGGUUCAACCACUAUGGGAUCAAGUAUACAUACGACGCCAUCUACCGGUUCUAUGGGGACGACUAUACUCGACUUAUGCUCGACACUGUCUUCUCACAGGGAUGUACCAUGUUGAACUUUUACAUGUUUUAUGGAGGUACCAACUGGGGCACCAUCGGCGACCCCGAUGUCUACACGUCGUACGACUACAGCGCCUGUAUCCGCGAGAAUGGGCUGAUGUCAGGACGACUCCGCAACCUACGAAAGGGUCUCCUUUUCCUCCAAUCCUUCUCCGACAUCAUGGUCCGAACCGACGCCGUUCUCUCCUCCAAGCUUCAAUCCGUCCGAUCAUCCCUCGACAAGACCAUCUCCCUCCAACGUCAAUCCCUCGCCUCGGCUGGUACCCAUGGGCCCGUCGAAUUGACUUUUCUACGCAACUUCUCGCCACAAAAGGUCGAUUGCUUUGACCUUUUUGCGCUCUCCACGGCCGGCAACGUCGUCACCCGUCUUUCUUGCAACCUGGCCUAUAAAGCUUCUUUUAUCGCCCUUGGAAACUAUACGACUAUCAAUCCGGAUAUCCACCUCGUUCUUUCCGCGACACCUAUUCAUAUCCGAGCCUACUCUGGGUCCGAGAGGAAGAAGAAGGAGGUCUGGAUCGCUGCUUUGGCCGAGUUCGGCGCGACAGAGAUGGCGUUCCGAGGAGACUUGGCUCUUACAUCCUUGGGCGGUCAACACGUCGGAGCCUCCGGGAUUAGGUUACGAAGCUCGGCGGAUGAUAAGGAUGUCAAGGUCGUGACCAUCCCUGAAGGAGCCAAGCAUACACAUGUAGUUCUGUCCAGUGCCGUCACCGUGGUUGAAGCCGAUGAAGCGUCUUCCAAUCCCGAGCUGCACAUCAUAUUCUUGGACAAGGCUACUCUCUCGACGCUGUACUGCUACUACAACAAUCGACAUGGCGAUGGCAUAUCCAAGGCGGCAGCGGCGGUGGCUGCUUCUCAACCUAAGAUUGUCACCUGGGGUUCUUACAACGCCUACUACAACCCUCACACCAAGAUUCUGACCGCUGAUUCGACCGAGUCCCAGACCGAGCUCCAUGUCUUGACAUUUGGUCAGGAUUCAUCCCUCCUCCCUCCCCAGGACGAGACUAUCUACGGUCCCAGGCUGGCUCAUAAAGUAUUCCCCCUCAAGGCCAACGGACCUACCACCACCAACUUACAUCUCGCACAUGCUCAAUGGGUCGAGGAGAACUGCCAGGGUAUGGUUCUAGAGAACUGGGAGAUCCGUCGCACUGAUGUUGGAGCCUUGCCAUGGCAGGAUUGUCCCCGCAAAUCCAAGGGCUCGAAAUGGUUCAAGAACGUCCAGCUCGAUUAUCAUUUCACGUCGGGUCAUAUCCUCUACCGCGGCAAGUUCACGACCCGCGAACGCGACGUCAAGGAUGGCAGUACCACAGCACCGAAACCGCACGAAGUCUGGCUCAAGUUUAAUAUGCGCCAUCGAAUCACCGCCUUUGUCAAUGGCGUCGCCAUUGGGUCGCAUAUGGUCUACUCGCGUACGCUCCUCUCACCCGGUGCCAAGGUCGGACAUGACCCCAUCUCUUUUGGAGGACACAAGUUCUUGGUCCCACCUCAAGCCCUCUUUGCUGGUAUCACUCAGCCCGGUGCAGAAGCAGGAUACCGCGUCCAAGAACACGAGAUUUUCCUCGUCAUCGAUUCUGUUGGCCUCAGUCGAAUGCCCUUUGUCCUCGACGACGUCCGUAACCCACGAGGCCUCCUCUCCGCACAUGUGCAGGGUAUAUCCGUCGUCAAGAACAGCGAAACCUGGCAAGUCACCGGCGUCGAUGUCCGAAACCUGGACAUGGUCCAUUCCAGUACUGGAUUCCCCGACGAGCACCAAAAACACGGCUGGAGCUCGACACCCAACCGUCCACACGUGGAUCCCAAUCAAGGAGGCGUCCAUUGGUGGCGUACACACUUCGAAGGUCCCCCCGGAGCACUCUCUGGAUCUGGCGUGACUCUUCCGGGUGAUCAGUCGAUGGCUGCCCAUAUCCCGCUCUGUCUCCGCAUCGAAGGCGAGUUCUCGGCAAUGAUCAUCCUUAACAAUAUCCUAGUCGGUCGGUACUUUGGAUCCGACUCGCCUCAACACGAUUUCUACAUGAUGGACGGACUGGUUCACAAGGCCGGAUCUGGCCAGUUGAACGAACUUAUGUUGAUGAUCUACGGAUCCACCAAAGCUGAUGAAAAUGGAGAUAGCGACGACAACAGGAUGCGGAUCCGACUCUUGCCUUGGAUUGUCGAGGAUGCACAGGGACAACUGAACCAGUGGAGUGGCAAUACCCAAUUUGAUGUCGAGGAGGGUUUUGCGAGGGAGGCUCAGGCGGGUCCCUUCUGGACCGAGAAGCAGGCCUUUCAUCUUUCUGCCCUGAAUUGA